CUUCAGAGAUGUUUAGAAGUUCCCUCCAAAGAAAACAUCGACUCCCAAACGUUUUGUCGUAAAUUUUACAACCAGCAACCUGUUGUUUUAAGGAAAUCUGUGGAGAACUGGAGACCAUGUAAAACAUGGACACCAGAUUAUCUUAAAGUUGCCUUGAAAGGAAGCUCUGAAUGUCUGGAGGUUCUUGAAGCUUUGGACAACGAGCAGUUUGUUGACAAUGUCGAUUUCGCCCGCAAAAGAAACAUUUCACCUGAAGCCUUCGUUGAUUAUGUUUUCAAGGAAGAAAAAGGGUUUGUCUCUGACGAAACGGCUGAAAAUCAAAGGAAAUAUAGCGAUUAUCACAGCAAAAAGAGAUUAUAUUUGAGAACUAUGUCAAUGCCUAAUGUUCUUUACGGAGACAUUGCCAUACCAGAUCAAAUUAAAAGUUUAAAGAGUAAAAUCUACCAUACAAAGGACCAGGAAGCUGAUUCAUUCGACAAAUUUGCUAGCAAAGUGUUCAGACAAGACACUAUGCAACUGUGGGUUGGUACUAGAGGGAAUGUCACGCCACUUCAUUACGACCGAAAUCACGGACUACUAGUUCAGAUCCUGGGUGAAAAACAAGUCAUUUUAUUUUCCCAUGAACACACGUCUUCCCUGUAUCCUUUCCCAAGCUAUUCAGAGAAAUCUCACUUGAGCCGGAUCAACUUCAGAAAAAUGAAAGACGAAGAUGAACUUUUAGCUUCCUUUCCAAAGUUUUGUCGGGCAGAGGCCUACAGUUGCGUGAUAAGCCCAGGUGAUAUUUUAUACAUACCACCCUUUUGGUGGCACGACGUCACGUCACGCGAUAACUGCAUUUCUGUCACGCUCCCUUGGGACAUGGAGCCAUCUGAUGAAAUACCACCCUGUAUGCUGCGAUGAACUUCUUUUAUGGAGAGUUUGGUAUAGACUGUGAUGAAAAGCUUUUAGAGAGUUGCAUUUUAGCUGUAUCAUUAGUGAAAUGAAAAUAAAAUAAAACAUGUAAAUAUA